GGGGCCCUGCGGGUACCGGGGAGCCGGGCAGCGACUGUUGGGGACGGCGCGGGCGGCCGCGCUGCGCCAGAGUACGGGCGGGCUCGGGGCGGGAGCAGCGGGAGGAGGAAAGCGUCCGUGUCCGAAGGGCGCGCCGAGGGGACGUGGUUCCCACAGCGGCGUCCAGAAAUCCCAUUCCUGGCAGCUGUGUGAAUGUAAUGAAACUAAAUGGAGCUGCUGUGUAAGUACCGAUGACUUCAGAUGUCUCGGUGCUUCCUGUGCUGUAGGGCUUAUCCAGUCGCACAAUUCACCGAGGGACAAAAGCUCUCUCCGGAUCUCGGCACGAAGGCAGCUGUCGUGGGGGCAGCGGGUGCCGCAUCUCAAGGCUUGCCCAACUGUCCAGUGUUACCACACCAGCCAUAGGGGUGCGGUGCUGGAGGACCCCUCCAGUUUCCCUGGACUCCAAGUAGCUUUUGCCUCCUGUAGUGAGUUCCUAUUCAUCUGCGGGCAACAAAGUUAACCAAUUCACAUUUCCAUGGUCUGAUCCAUCAAGCAGUUGCAAGAAACCACUGGAUCAGGAGGCUGUGUAAAGAAGUUCCUGUGGAACCAGAGGCCGGUUUGUUUUCUCUUACUGGCACUGCUGUGAUGAGUUGUUGGUGGGCACCUUGAGGAAGUGCUGCUCGUGGUGCAUGCCUCCACAGCACACCCGCCCUGAGGCACAGCACACUGGGGAGCAGGAGUGGGGAGCUGGUUCCAGGGCUGUGGUGCAGCAGGCAGGGUGCAGCUGUUAGAGUUGCUCAACCAAUGGACUCGCUGAUGGAUUUACAGCAGCAGGAGAUAGCAGUGCAAAGUGGGGCUGGUUGGAGCUGGGAGGCAGCCGAGGACGCUCAGAGGACCUCCCCAGCACAUGGCAGCUCCCAGUCUCUGCUGCUUCCCUGUAUGCUACAGAUGUGCUGAGGUGCACUGCCUCAGCGUUUGUGGCCAAACCUCUGUGCAUGGCAUGCUGGGUGAUGGCUCCCAGAGCAGCUGGUAUCCCAAGCCUUAUGACGGAGGUCUCCAUGCUCCGCAGGCAAUAAGCCGCUGUCCCUGUAGCCUGUCCUUCAUGUUGCAUACAUUUUAUAUCACACCUGCUGAAUCAACGGCACACUUCCUGACAGCUGGGAAGGUUUAUGAACAUUAAAUAUUUGAUGCAUUGUCAAAAUGAGUAACUCAGGAUAUUUAGGGACUCAGUGGGUGAAUAUUCCUGACUGGAAAGCACCCUUUCCUGGAGAAUAUAUGCCUCAGGUUUGUUUGCUUGCUUCCCUUCGUUGCAAAGGUUUGCUGUGCUACAAGGUGGCUAAAUGCUAGGAUUUUAAAUACAACUUUAGUAGGCAUUCCAGCCUGGAGGAGUCCAAAGAUGUGGUGGGAGAGAAACGCUUAACUGUGAUGACUUACUAAGGAAAGUCCUAUUGCUGGGAUAAGAACAUACCUUCAUUGUGCCAUUUGUAAAUGGUGUUCUAGCAGGAUGCAAAAAAGACUCAAACACUCCCCUGAAGAUCUGAAAAUUUUGUAGGUAACGCAAGACAUAUUGAGAGCAAGAAAUUUGGCUUCUCCUCUGCUUACAUUGUGCAUGGGUGGUAGAGAGUGAAUUUGGAUGUGGUGCUGUGUCAAGAUAGGCAGCUGGCCUCUGCCAUGUGCCUUUCCCAGCCCUGCACCUGAAGUGCCCAAGUGUUUGGGUGACGCUCCGCCUGUGCUGCUGGGAGCCUGGAGUAAAGGUGUGCUUCCCUAAAUCUGGCAGACUGGCUUCAGGAUUCCCAGUGACAACCAAGAGGUGUUAAAUACCUAGUGAUUGAUGGAUUUAUCUUGAAGUUUGUGUGUUUUACUUCCAGUCACUCACUCACGUGGAGCUCUCCCGUUGUGAACGGCCAUAUGCUCCUUUGCAGCACAACUGUGUUCUCUCUGUUGGCUGAGUCUAUUCUCAGCCAAGGCACAGAGUUGGUUUUCUUUCAUGGAAGGGAGGGGGAGGUCUGAUGAGGUUUGUGUUCACAACACACAAUUCUUCUGUUGAUUCUAUUCUGAAUAUAGUGAUACACUUUAUUCUUCACAAUAUCUUUCAUUUCCAAACUGAUUUCACUUGAUUAGUUUUGGAGUUGAAUAUGUGAUCAGAGCACAGAAACCUCUCUUUAUUCCUCUAGGCAAGAAGAGGUUUAGAGAACAUUAUGACCCCGUGUUGCAACUUUUCAAUGUGAAACUGUACUUCCUGAGGCAAGUGUUGUUUUGGGAAGAUCCCUCCUUGUCUUCUUAAUUAUUUUAAGACUGGACUCUGACAUUCUUUUCAUGAAAGAGGUUUCCAAGUAGUUGUCUUGUUAUAACUUUGAGAAGAAGUUCUAUGUAGCUCUUACUUUCGAGAGUGCUGCAAAAAUGAUUACUUCAGAUUUGCCAGUACUACAGGAUUCUACAAAUGAAACUACUGCACAUUCAGAUGCUGGCAGUGAGCUUGAAGAAACAGAAGUCAAAGGAAAAAGAAAAAGGGGCCGUCCUGGCAGGCCUCCAGUUUUCUUUGCCCAGUCUGCCACUAAGAAACCUCGGAAGUCUCCAGGAGACAAAGGUCGUUCUGAAUCUGGAGCUAGAGGAGCAAGUCGUGGAAGAGCUAAUGGCCACCCUCAGCAGAACGGAGAAGGGGACCCUGUCACUUUGUUUGAGGUGGUUAAGCUGGGAAAGAGUGCUAUGCAGUCUGUGGUGGACGACUGGAUUGAAUCAUAUAAACAAGACAGGGACAUAGCACUUCUGGAUUUAAUCAACUUCUUUAUCCAGUGUUCAGGAUGUCGAGGUACUGUAAGAAUUGAAAUGUUCAGGAACAUGCAAAAUGCAGAAAUAAUAAGGAAAAUGACAGAAGAAUUUGAUGAGGACAGUGGUGAUUACCCUCUCACCAUGCCUGGGCCACAGUGGAAAAAGUUUCGAUCCAAUUUUUGUGAAUUCAUUGGAGUGCUCAUUCGACAGUGUCAAUAUAGCAUCAUUUAUGAUGAGUAUAUGAUGGACACGGUGAUCUCUCUUCUGACUGGUUUGUCAGAUUCCCAGGUCCGGGCUUUCAGGCACACCAGUACAUUAGCUGCUAUGAAGCUUAUGACUGCUCUUGUGAAUGUUGCCUUAAACCUGAGCAUUCAUCAGGAUAAUACACAGAGGCAGUACGAAGCUGAGAGAAACAAAAUGAUUGGCAAAAGAGCUAAUGAAAGAUUGGAGCUGCUGCUUCAGAAAAGAAAAGAGCUGCAAGAAAACCAAGAUGAAAUUGAAAAUAUGAUGAACUCUAUUUUUAAAGGCAUAUUUGUUCAUAGAUACCGUGAUGCUAUUGCUGAGAUUAGAGCUGUCUGUAUUGAAGAAAUUGGUGUCUGGAUGAAAAUGUACAGUGAUGCCUUCCUGAAUGAUAGUUAUUUAAAAUAUGUUGGUUGGACACUACAUGACAGGCAAGGUGAAGUGAGGUUGAAGUGUUUGAAAGCUCUUCAAAGUCUGUAUACCAACAGAGAGUUAUUUCCAAAACUGGAGCUGUUCACUAAUAGAUUCAAGGAUCGCAUUGUAUCAAUGACACUUGAUAAGGAAUACGAUGUUGCUGUGGAAGCCAUUCGAUUAGUCACGCUAAUACUUCAUGGAAGUGAAGAAGCUCUGUCAAAUGAAGACUGUGAGAAUGUUUAUCACUUAGUGUAUUCAGCACACCGGCCUGUUGCAGUAGCAGCUGGAGAAUUCCUUCACAAAAAACUGUUCAGCAGACAUGAUCCCCAAGCUGAAGAGGCUCUAGCAAAGAGGAGAGGACGAAAUAGUCCAAAUGGAAACCUCAUUAGAAUGUUGGUUCUUUUCUUUCUUGAAAGUGAGUUGCAUGAACAUGCAGCCUAUUUGGUGGACAGUUUGUGGGAGAGCUCUCAAGAACUGUUGAAAGACUGGGAAUGCAUGACAGAAUUACUCUUGGAGGAGCCAGUCCAAGGAGAAGAAGCCAUGUCUGACCGUCAGGAGAGCGCUCUGAUUGAGCUGAUGGUGUGCACAAUCAGACAAGCUGCUGAAGCACACCCUCCAGUUGGCAGAGGCACUGGCAAAAGAGUCUUGACAGCAAAAGAAAGAAAAACACAGAUAGAUGACAGAAAUAAAUUGACUGAGCAUUUCAUUAUUGCACUUCCUAUGUUGCUAUCAAAGUAUUCCGCUGAUGCAGAGAAGGUUGCAAAUCUCCUGCAAAUCCCUCAGUAUUUUGAUCUGGAAAUCUAUAGCACUGGCAGAAUGGAAAAGCAUCUGGAUGCCUUACUGAAACAAAUUAAGUUUGUUGUGGAAAAGCAUGUGGAAUCGGAUGUUCUUGAAGCCUGCAGCAAAACCUACAGCAUACUGUGUAGUGAAGAAUAUACAAUCCAGAACAGAGUUGACAUAGCACACAGCCAGCUUAUUGAUGAAUUUGUGGAUCGAUUCAACCAUUCUGUAGAGGAUCUGCUGCAGGAGGGAGAAGAAGCUGAUGAUGACGACAUAUACAAUGUGCUCUCCACAUUGAAGAGAUUAACCUCUUUUCACAAUGCUCAUGAUCUCACAAAAUGGGAUCUGUUCAGUAACUGCUACAGAUUACUAAGAACUGGAAUUGAACAUGGAGCUAUGCCAGAACAGAUAGUUGUUCAAGCACUGCAGUGUUCGCAUUACUCUAUUCUCUGGCAGCUGGUGAAAAUCACUGAAGGUUCCCCUUCCAAAGAGGACUUGUUGGUAUUGAGGAAAACUGUGAAAUCCUUUCUGGCUGUCUGCCAGCAGUGUCUAUCAAAUGUCAACACCCCAGUUAAAGAACAGGCCUUCAUGCUGCUCUGUGAUCUAUUGAUGAUAUUUAGUCACCAGCUGAUGACUGGAGGUCGUGAAGGUCUUCAACCAUUGGUGUUUAAUCCAGACUCAGGCCUCCAGUCAGAACUUCUCAGUUUUGUGAUGGACCAUGUCUUCAUUGACCAAGAUGAUGAAAACCAGAGCAUGGAGGGAGAUGAAGAAGAUGAAGCUAACAAAAUAGAAGCUUUACAUAAGAGAAGAAACCUUUUGGCUGCCUUUAGCAAGCUGAUAAUUUAUGACAUCGUGGACAUGCAUGCAGCAGCUGAUAUCUUCAAACACUAUAUGAAGUACUACAAUGACUAUGGGGAUAUCAUUAAGGAAACCCUGAGCAAAACAAGGCAAAUUGAUAAAAUCCAGUGUGCAAAGACACUCAUUCUCAGUUUGCAACAGCUGUUCAAUGAGCUUGUUCAGGAGCAAGGUCCUAAUCUGGACAGGACAUCUGCACAUGUUAGUGGAAUUAAGGAAUUGGCUCGUCGGUUUGCCCUCACUUUUGGCUUGGAUCAGAUCAAGACAAGAGAGGCUGUGGCCACACUACACAAAGAUGGAAUAGAGUUUGCCUUCAAAUAUCAGAAUCAAAAAGGACAAGACUAUCCACCUCCUAACCUUGCUUUCCUUGAAGUGCUUAGUGAAUUUUCUUCUAAACUCCUGCGGCAGGACAAAAAGACUGUUCACACCUACUUAGAAAAGUUUCUGACAGAACAGAUGAUGGAGAGAAGAGAAGACGUAUGGCUUCCACUAAUUUCCUAUAGAAACUCACUAGUUACGGGCGGCGAAGAUGACAGAAUGUCUGUUAACAGCGGAAGCAGCAGCAGCAAAACCUCUUCAGUGAGAAAUAAGAAAGGACGGCCACCGCUACACAAAAAGAGAGUAGAAGAUGAGAGUCUGGAAGGCUCUUGGCUGAACAGGAAUGAAAACAUACAUACUCCAGGGGCACUGCAACCACCACAGCUCACCUCAACUGUCUUGAGAGAGAACACUAGACAAAUGGGAGAGCAGAUCCAGGAGCACGAGUCAGAGCAGGGAUCUGAACAAGAUUUUUUACACAAUCCCCAGAUGCAGAUAUCUUGGUUGGGCCAACAGAAGCUAGAAGAUUUAAAUCGAAAGGACAGGACAGGAAUGAACUACAUGAAAGGGAGAACUGGUGUAAGGCAUGCAGUACGCGGUCUAAUGGAAGAUGACGCUGAGCCCAUCUUUGAAGAUGUAAUGAUGUCCUCACGAGGUCAGCUAGAGGAUAUGAAUGAAGAAUUUGAGGACACAAUGGUCAUUGAUCUGCCACCUUCAAGAAACCGACGAGAACGGGCUGAACUGAGGCCAGACUUCUUUGACUCUGCAGCUAUCAUUGAGGAUGAUUCAGGAUUUGGAAUGCCUAUGUUCUGAAGUCUGCUGAAGACAUUUUACAAACUUGGAACUCUAUUGUUUAGAGCUAGAGGCCUAUAUACUGUGAUAGCUUGUAUGAAAACCACAUUUUUGAUGUGAUACGGUUUGAUUUUUAACCAAAUGAUUAAGGUCAAUCCCUUUUUGUAGUGACAGAAAGAAGAGGAACUUCUUAAUGACACAAAGGAAUGUUGGCCAAUCCCAUCACCUCAGAAAGGCUGACCUAAAAAAUCAUUUGUAUCCCUUGUUCUUGACUGUCCUAAUAACAGAUUUUUUUUUUUUUUUCCUGGAGGAGGAGGAAGUUUUAAAUUGUUAAGACAGCUGUCAAAAUAAACACUGUUCUACAUAUGUUUUCUGAAAACGUUGAGUGAUAACAGAACUUUUUAACUUUAUUUUUCUGCUGUACAAUUUAAAACGGUUUUAACAUUUGCCUUUUUAUGUUUUAAAAGCUAGCCAUUUUUAUUAAACCUAUGCCUAUCAGCCAUUGACUAGCAAUGAUGCUAUAAGCAGGUCGUUCUGGCUACAGAAAAGUGUUUUUGAACACACUGGAUUUGAUUAACAUUGUGGUACGCUUAUAUCCUCUCGUAGGCAUUGAGAAGAACACUCUCAUAGAAGAGGUUAGAAUUCUAAUGACGUGCAUCUCUGCCAAAAAAAAUUCAGAUUCUGAUAUGAUAAACCCAGAUUUUAUACUCUUGAGAAGAUUUAUUUUUAUUUAUAACGGGACAUAGAGUAAGAGAUGUCCAUGAAGCCACUUUUCCAACAGACGCUGUGUAACAUUCAUUUUAUAUAGCACAUGGGGACACAAAAGCAGUAAGUUUUCUAUUGGUACUUGCUCUGUGCAUUUUUAGCAACUUAUACCAGCAAAUAAAGUAUUCUCAGUAAAACACACGAAUGGUUCUCAAGUAAUCACUUUGCUGUUUUUACUACCUACUUCAAGCCCUGCCAACCCAAGGUACAUAAACAGCAACUUUCCUAUUAAAAAAAACAAUAAUUCAAGGGUGGGGGAAAGGAAUCGCUUUAGCAUACAAAAAGCAAUUUUAACUGUACCAUAAAAAGUCUACUUUCCAUGCCGUAAAUACCCUUUUGCGCUAUUUUUGUAAAUUAAUUUUGCCAGUUAGAAGUACUGUAUGUGCUGCAUAGAAAUUUGUGCUUAGAUGGUGAAGUUCUUAAGCUUACAAUGGAAUACAGCUACAUUUUCAGUGUUAACUGUGCAUAUUAAGAGUAAUUAUUUGGAAAAAAAGAAACAAUUUUUCAGAAAAGCAAAAAACAUUAAAAAAAACAGACAAACCCAGAACAUCCUCAGCUAAGUCAUUGUAAUAAGAGAUUUUUCAAUGUCUUCAAUAAUUUGGAAUAUCAUUAUGCUUGCGUUUUAUGCCUCCGCCUAGUAGCUGCUACUUAGUUUGAACGGGCCUGCUGCCGGAGCUGCUGGCCAUCCACAGUGUGCACUGACCAGUGUCUCCAGGCAUCAGCCCCAGCCGUUAACCUUCCUUUCUGCAUUUGAGAUACAAAGCAGAAUAACCCACCUGGAGCACAGCAGUUUACAGGUGCUUUCUUUUUUUUAAGCAACAGCAAAUAAUCACAGAACUUUUUUAAUGAGCUUAUUUAAAAACUAAACAACAUUAAUACCCAGUGCUUAUUUGCUGGGAAGGGGAAAAAAAAAA